GACAGAAGUGAGGUGUGACUGUGUUUCUGAGGGGGGGUGUGACUUUGCUUUUGUCUCCAUACCAAACCUGGAGCUGUUGUCAGAGUUCUCUCUGCUAUCCUGUGCGUGUGACUUUAAGGAAAGUAACCAUCUGCACCAGCCGUCAGCAUGCCUGAGACUGCAGAGCACCAUGCUGCUUCUCUCACCACCAACCGCAACUGCACCAUAGAGAUCACCAAUGUCACCUCCGGCUAUUGUCUUGUCAACCCAAAAGUGUACAUGAACAGUGGCUUCUGCUACAGCCCUCCUCAGCCCACUGUGCGCACCAACAUGAGCGAGGUGUGCUCUUUCACCAAGGACGACAACACAGCAUCAGGGGCUGUGGGUGUCGUCACCUACGAGCUGUUUGACAUGCUCAAGCGCCACUGCAAUGAGGUGAUUGCUGUCAUGUUCUCAGUGCCCUUCGACUAUAACUUCUACAAGAACUGGCUGGGGGUGGGCAUCUUUGAACACACACGGGCCUGCGAUGAGAAGCUUUACUCACACAUGUACAAUGAUAAGGAUUUCACCAAUUUUGUGCGCCAUGAGGCCGACGGCUCAGGUGUGACGUAUGUUGGCAGGAUGGUUGAUGUGAGAGCCACCAUGUCCAAUGAGGGCAGGGCUAUCAUAAAGCUGGAGCUUUUUGACAAGCUGGACUGAUGAGACUGAUUGCAGUGCUGUAAGAAUGAGAUGUGUAUCAUUCAUUGAAGGUUAUCAUUGCAAGUUGGAACAGAAUUUGAAAAAAUAAAUCUGUAAACCUAAACACAGUUUGUCUGUUGGGUGCUCUAAAUGAAUAAAAUAAACAGUAUCAUCAA